ACUUUGGCGGGGCGCAGCGAACCACGCACGCCGACGACAUUGCGCAAGCACAUCUGCGACAGAGCCGUAGAGCCCAGAACCCUCGGUCCACUCCGACUCUGGCUGUGCCCUCAGUCCGGAUCAAGUCUUUCGCGCUCCGCGCCGGCGCUCAACACCAUGCCACACGCGACGCUGCCCUCGCCGGGCUUCCAGGCCAUCAUCCUGUGUGGCCCUGGCGCUUCCUUGACUACAUUCACCUCGUCGCCAAAGGACAUCCCGAAAGCGCUGCUGCCCAUUGCGAACAGGCCUAUGGUGUGGUAUCCGCUAGAAUGGUGCUACCGCAUGGGAGUCACAGACAUCACCAUCGUUACUCCUCCCGAAUCAUUGGAGGCCAUAGAAGCUGCCCUGUCGCGCGACCCACACCUCACCUCGCUCCCCGCGCCCAAGCCUGAUCUUAUUGCGCCCAAAGACCUCACCCACGAGACUGGAACCGGCCACCUCUUCAGACUACCAGAAGUGCAGGAUGCGAUCAAGAGUGACUUUAUUGUGCUGCCUUGCGAUAUUGUUUGCGAAUUGGACGGCACAGCGCUGGCCGAUGCGUGGAUGGUGGAAGAGGCUGGACUUGGCGCGGCAACCGGCGGUCUCACUUCGACCGGCAAGAUGCCUACGGGCCUCGGCGGUGAAAAGCUCGGCCGGAGAGGUGGUUUGGGUGUAUGGUACCAGACCAAAGGCGAAGGCAGCAAGAAGGGCGAAGAGACGGAUUUCAUCGCGACCACCCCGCUCUCGACGCCCAUUGUACCCCCACCAGCCGACUCGUUGCGCCGCAAUGUUUCGAAUCUGGUGUACACGGCGCCGACCGACACUCUCAACGACAUUACAGAGGAGAACAAAACCUUGCCAAUACGGCAUUCGCUCAUCCGCAAGCACGGCCGCAUAAAGAUGCUCACCACCCACCGCGACGCGCAUAUCUACUUCUUCCCUUACUGGGUCAUUGAGAUGAUCAAGAAGAACGAAAAAUUCGAGAGCGUCGCAGAAGAUGUGCUAGGCUGGUGGGCGAAGUCUGGCUGGCAAACCGGGUUAGGAGACAAGCUCGGUCUGCGAUCAAUACUUCAACCAGAGGAUGAACCCGGCAGCGACCACGGCUCGCAGGUUAUUGAGGAGGAAAUCGACGUCGCAAAGUUCAGCUCCACGUACGCCGGCCCGAGCCAAGCACACGAUACCUCCCAAACCCUAGCAUCGCGCGUACGCGACUCCAGCAUUGCCCAGGGCGUUCAGUCGAUCUCAAAACCGAAACUCAACGUUCCGCCAAUGCUAUCAUACGUCCAACCCUCGACUGCAGACGCGCCGCUCAUCCGACGUGUCGAUACCGCUCAUCUCCUCCUAACCAUCUCCCUCCGCCUCGCCAAGCUCCCUUCCCUCGAGGAGACCAACGGCAACCCUGCUUCGCCCUUCUCCCACCAGUACAAAGUUGCUCACAAGAACCUGAUCCCCCGCAAGUGCCGCGUAGAAGCCGAGAACAGUCUCCUCGCCGAGAACGUCAUCGUUGCCGAGAAGACCAACAUCAAAGAAUCAUGCAUAGGCGCAAACUGCAAAAUUGGCGAGGGUGCGCGAUUGCUGCGAUGUCUUCUGAUGGAGGGCGCCGAGGUCGGUGAGAAUGUGCAGCUGACGGAUUGCAUAUUAGGCAGGAGAUGCAAGAUUGAGGGUGGAGACGGAAAGAGCGAUGACCGCACGGUGUUGAAGGACUGCGAGGUGCAGGAUGGUCAAGUGGUCGAGUGGGGAACGGAGAGCAAGGGAGAGAAGUUCAUGCGGUUCGAGCUCCCAGAAGCAGGCGACGGGGACUUUGGUGAUUUUGGCGAUGAUGAGGCGGAUGAAGAAGACGGGAUUGCUCUGGGAUGAGAUGUGUGACUCUGCAGUGGCCACGAUAACGAUACCCUUGGAGAUAGAGUACACUUGAAAGUGUUUGCAUCUACUUUAAGAAAAGCUUUAGUGAGUCUGAGAGGACAUGGGGAGUUUCACACAAAUACACAGCACCUUAGAAGUGACAGAAGGAGGUGUAUUUCCUCGUGCAACCGUGAUGAGAAC